AUGCGGAACCCAACCACAUCAACUCUCCUAUUGACAUCAUCGCUUCUCGGUGCUGCAACAUGUCUCGACACCACCAUUUCCAAUUCCUUUGUGAAUCAAUUUUCUACCGACGGUCACCUCAUUGAUUCUACAUCUGGGAAGAUUGACUAUUUCGAGGGUCAAUAUCUUUGGUAUGGUUUGAAUUUUGGAUGUGGGAAGGCUUUUUGCGGUAUUGAGAGUUGGAGUUCGGUGGAUUUGAUCACGUGGUCCUCAAAUGGUCUCUUGUUUGACCCGACAGAAAAUGCCACGGCCACCAUAUGUGAAGCCUCCGGGGAUUGCGGAAGACCACAUAUCGUAUACAGCCCUUCGACCUCACUCUACAUCCUAUGGGUCAAUGCCGGAUCCCCUGGCUAUGUGAUAUUUACAUCGCCCUCCCCAGCCUCCGGAUACGUACUCGAGCCCAGCCGUGCUCUUGUUGGACAUCAGCCCAAUCUCGAAACCGACAAAGCAGGUGAUUUUUCCGUGGCGGUUAUCAAUGGAACUGGGUAUCUCGCAUACUCUCUAAUCGACUUCAAGACGCUCGGCGCUUCAAUCUGGCCUCCGUUCAAACAAUCGAUGUAUAUUCAAGAGCUUACGAAGGACUUCAUGAACACAACCGGAAAUGUCACCAACGUUAUUCCCGUAGGAGAUCUUGUUGAUUAUCAAGCCGAAUCGCCAGAUAUCUUUUACCGUAAUGGAUAUUACUAUAUUUCCUCAUCCAAUACGUGUGGUUUCUGUCAAGGGACCAUCUUGAUCAUGUAUCGAGCCAAAGACAUCACCGGACCAUGGAUUCGCCAGAUUAUCAGCGGAGAUACAUGUGGCGGUCAAACCAGCGGUGUUUUAACCAUUCCUUCUUCUACUGGAGAAGGAGUAUAUAUCCAUCAAUCUGACAUUCAAGCCAGCGCACCACUUGCGGGCUCCAGAAAUGCACAACAUGGUCAUCAAUUCCAAGUUCUCAAUUUCAACUCCGAUGGUUCAGUUCAAGAUCUAGAUUGUUCCGCUUCUCUCAGCACCACCGUCACACUUCCAACCGCUGAUAGGAUUGUUGAUGGACUUGCCACAACCGCUGCCCUUGGUUCUGGAAAUGAUCAUCAAGAUUACUACCUCAAUUGCUCAAUUCCUCAAUACGCUUUCUAUCAGACAUUUUCUUCGUCCCAAGCAGGAAAUCUCACGUCUAUUGGCGUGAACUUGGCUGGUGAUGCACCCACAGAUAAUGUCAAUUUGACGAUAUUCCGCUACAACAAUGAUACCGCUCUCAUCUCAGCAUUUUACGCAUGGGAGACUCUGUCUACCAUGGAAGUGACACCCGAUAAUUUGAGUGCAUCACUCCAAGCCAUCGCUGUCCCGGUAGGAAAAGAAGUCGCCGCCGGUGAUAAACUCGGCAUCGCAAUUGUCAGCUUGGGGAUCACGCCGGUAUGUGUAGCUAUGAGAGGAACAUCGCAAGCAUAUGCUACCGGAUGGGCAGGACCUGUCCAAGGUGGAUUUGUUACUGGUCGGGUUUUGGGGGAAAAGGGUUUUAAUGGAACGGGGUCUGGGGGAGUUUUGUAUGCGCUGGGUGCUAAUCAGGUUAGUUUGAGGGGGAAGAAUGGGGAUCAAAUUCCUAUAUUGGAGGUUAGUGGGAGGGAACUUAAAUGGUAUGGGACUGUUGAGUAG